AUGCGGCGUACGUCGGUCUCUCUGCCGACCAAGCACGUAGCACACGAUCCCCACGAGAAACCCGCUCGAUACCACCCCGACGGGCAAGCAGGCAUCCUGGAGAAACUCAAGGCAGGCAUGGCGUCCCAGGCCCAGAAGACGCGCUGGUUCAAGACCGGCGCAAUCGUCUUCCUCGUCUUCUUCCUGUUCUACUACUUCUCCCCCUCCGGAGUAGAUCUGUACCAUGGAUCAGGCUCCAGCUCUGAUGGCCAAGUGCCUUCCGAUUCGUCUUACGGCACCGACCGAUGCACCAAAUCGAGCUCCAAGGACAAGCCCAUCGUCCAGUAUGUCAUGAUGAUUGACGCUGGCAGCACUGGAUCUCGUAUCCAUGUCUACAAGUUCAACAAUUGCGGUCCCACGCCUGAGCUGGAGUCUGAGAUCUUCAAGCAGACAAAGAAGAUUGACGGCAAGAGCAGUGGAUUGAGUGCAUACCCUGAUGACCCCGAGGGCGCUGCGAAGAGCCUGGAUAUCUUGAUGGAGGAGGCCCUUGCAAACGUUCCGGAUAAGCUGAAGUCCUGCAGCCCUGUUGCCGUGAAGGCAACCGCUGGUCUGCGACUUCUCGGCCCUGAGAAGAGCCAGCGAAUCUUGGACGCCGUGAGAACUCACCUCGAGACCAAGUACCCCUUCCCGGUUGUGUCCAAGGAGGAGAAUGGUGUUGCGAUUAUGGAUGGUUCUGACGAGGGCGUCUACGCGUGGAUCACCACAAACUACCUCCUCGGUAACAUUGGCGCUCCUGAGCAUACCGACACUGCGGCAGUCUUUGAUCUUGGCGGUGGCUCAACACAGAUCGUCUUUGAGCCCAGCUAUAAGGGCCUCACCGCCGGCGGACUUCCCACCAAGCUGGCCGAGGGUGACCACAAGUUCGACCUCGAUUUUGGCGGCCGACACUUUACUCUCUAUCAGCACUCGCAUUUGGGAUAUGGCUUGAUGAGUGCCCGUGACGCUAUUUUUCAGACUCUCAUCAAUGAUAUCCAUGAGGUUAAGAAGACCGACAGCACCUGGACUAGUGCGCCUGUCGUCAACCCCUGCUUCUCCUCGGGCAUGGCCAAGACCGUCACUGUCAAGCUUGGUGCGGACCACCCGCUGGGUGAGACACGUGAAUUCAACAUGACGGGGCCUUCCGCUGCUGCUCCAGCGCAAUGCCGCAGCCUGGCGGAGAAGAUCUUAAAGAAGGAUGCUGAGUGCAAGCUCUCUCCUUGCUCAUUCAACGGUGUCCAUCAGCCUUCGAUUGCUAAGACCUUUUCCAAGGAGGACAUCUACUUCCUCUCCUACUUCUUUGACCGUACCGAACCCCUGGGUAUGCCCGAGUCUUUCACCCUGCGUGAGAUGCAUGAUCUUACAAGCAGGGUAUGUGGAGGAGAGUCCAGCUGGGACGUCUUCGAUAGUGUUCCCGGCGCCCUUGAGGAGCUCCGAGACCGCCCUGAGCACUGCAUGGAUCUUAACUUCAUGCUUGCUCUGGCUCACACCGGCUAUGAGAUGCCAAUUGACCGCGAGGUGAAGAUCGCCAAGAAGAUCAAGGACAACGAGCUUGGUUGGUGUCUGGGUGCUAGGUAA